AUGACGCGAGAAUUGAAGCCUGGCGACAAGAUUAGUUGUGUUAUCGAGCAACAGUUAUCCAACUGUAUGCUCGUGCGAUUUUCAAACGGAAAAGGAGGAAACAAGAGCAAAGUCUUUCGUGGGGUUUUGAUCGAUGAAAGUUGCUCAGCAACGAAAAGGGUUGUUAAAGGUAAAGAUGCUAGUUCUAAACCUGCGUUGACCAAAGAGUAUGCAAAAAGAUUCAUUCAAAACUACAAUUCGCCGCAUGUUUCUGGUAAAUUUCUGCGUAAUAAAAGAAGGCAAAACUGUUUGGUGUUGGAUGACUUUUAUAUAGACUACCACCACACUGGUACAAAUCAUGAAGAUAGUGAUGGAAAAGAAAGACAAUUUGAAAGUACUAAAAGCAAUGCCCCAGACUUGGCAAUAUUUGAAGAGCCUGGACUUUUCAAAGAGGAUCUUUUUCACAAAGAAAUUGAUAAAGAGUUAGCACACCUAAUUCCAAAGGAUACAGUUGUGGUGAUUUCAAAUAAAGGCACAACAUCAAUUCCUAAUUCUAAAGACCUUAAGUUUGAUAAUCAUAGCUCACGGCGCAAAGGAAAACCAAAGCGAUGUUCAAAGUAUAAGGCAAGUGAACAAGAUGAAGCAAGUCAAGACAGUACACAAACACAAGGGGUAAUUGACACAGACAUUGUGAUGAACAAGAGAUGUUCAAAGAGAGACAAGGCAUCAAGACCAAAAAGGUUUUUUGGGUCUGAAUUCCUCAUGAAUCUGAGCGCAGAGAAGAAACCUAUCCGAAAGAAAAAGCCAGCUAGUGAUGAUAAUUUGAUGGAGUAUGAGAAUGCAAAAAUGGAGGAAGCAUCUGGCAUUGAAAAGCAAAAUGAAAUCAACAAUAAGAAACGUUUAGCACAAAGUAAACAAACUGCUAAAGCACCUAACGAGCAAUCAUUAAUCAAUGAAAAUUGUGAGGAUGGUGCUGUAGGUGUCAGGAAAUCGCCAAGAAAGGCAAAGAAAAGAUCUUUUAAACCAGAGGGUGAAAGUUCCAAAAAAUUAAUUGUCAUUGAUACAAAACGAAAGAAACUUGUAAAAAUUGAUGGAGGUUCAUCUAAAGAAGAUUAUGGUGUCCAAAAUGCUAUGGAUGAUCAAUUUCAAGUCACACUGCAAAACAAAGAAAAAACUUCCAAUAACAUUGUUGACAGUGAAAGAGAAAGUGAAAAACAAACAGAUAGAAAUUCGAGCAAAAGUAUUAAUGAUUUGAAUUCCGAAUACAGUGAGCAAGAUGGCAAUAAUGUAGUCGGAUGCACUUCAGUAUCUCCAUUGAAAAGUAAAGGAAAUUUUUCAGCAAAUGGACAGAAAGUUGCACCUGAAGAGAAAAGUUCUAAAGAGGUAAUUGCAAAGGAACAAGUUUCUCAUGAAAUGCUAAUUUGCCACGAGGCUCCUUUUGAUGAGAUGGUCAAUAGAGAGGAGGAACUUCUAAAAAAACAAAGAACACGCAAACAAGCAGAGCGAGUACUAAAAGGAAAGAUAAAAGUGUUGGAGUCAAAAGACAUGGCUCAUUUAGCGCGAUUAAGAGAAAUAGAGAUGCUUAAAAGCCUGGCGGCACAGGGGAAGAAGUAUGUAAUGCUUGAUCUUAAGGAGACAGGUGUCAAAGAAAGUGGCGCUGUUAACUCGGGACGAAAAGCUAUGACAAUAGAAGUAAGCGCCUUGGAUUUAACAAAACACAAUUUUUAUGGGAAGGAAGUGGAAGGACAAGGAUUAUUCCGGAUGACCUUACCGUCUGGAGUAAAGGCUGUUAUGAAUAAACCCAAAGUAAACUCAAAUCGAGGUAAACCGUCAAAUGAAGGUACUCCAGCUUCAAAAAUUGCACAUGAAAAGUCAAAAAUUGCACAUGAAAAGUCAAAAACUGCACAUGAAAAGUCAAAAACUGCAGAUGCCUCAAACAAGGCGAAUGCCAUAUCACAAUUAGCUUUGACUCGUAAGGUUUCAGUGGUCCCAAAUGAUCGAUCCAAGCAAAAAGGAAAGAAAAAGCUUAAGGAGGUUGCAGAUUUCAAUAUACCGAAAAUUAUUAUUGAUAAAACCAAAGGAAUUGUAAGAAUUUCAGGGCCGGCGCAGGAGUCGAAUGAUCGUGGUAGCAGUCUGUUAGAAGCAGAAAGAUCCGAGGCUUUGGAGCCUCAAAAGGAAACAGGUCCCUCUAAUGAUAAAACCCAUUUAAAUCGAUCACAUGGCAUCCCCAACCAUUCUACUGGAGCCUCGCAUGCUGGUAAGAUGCAAAUGAAUGAAGCAGAAGUACCUGAGAUUUUAGAGAAACAAGACGUAAUGGGUGAGCAAAUGAAAGAGGAAGGAAACCCUACAAAUGCUGAGAUGGCUGUUAGUACUGCAGCAGUAAAACAGGACGGUCUUGAAUAUAGCAGCGACAAUGGAGGUUCAAUGCAGGAGAAGAAGGAUGAGGUUUUGCAGAAGAAUGACUGUCUUCAAGAAACAUGUUCUGAGAACGGAGAACUUUCGGAUAAUGAGGAAGACAUUUUAAUGCCUCAAAAUGAGCUUGACUGUAUUCAGAAACUCAGAAGUAAAUAUGACGAUGAAAAUGUUGGUACUGAAGAGGAAGGCAAAACCCAAAGAGGAGAUUGUAAUAGCAUUACAACUGCAGCCUAUGCACAGCUUUCAUUUCAGCGGUUGGUGGCCUCGGCACAUGCGGAAAAACUCAAAGCAGAGAUAGAUAUGGCAAGUGUAACAGCAACGGAAGCUGAACUCAAUCCUGAAGAGGAAAAAGAGUCCCACGAAUAUUCGAAAGAGCAAGAGACUGAGAAAGAUGAAGAAGAAUGCAAUUUGGUUCCAGAGAUUGACAAUGUCGAAAAGAAAAGUGAAGGUAGCAGCCAGAGUGGAUUAGGGGGGUCAAUAUUUCCCGAAAACAUAUUAAGAAAAGACAAGGUUCUGGUAGUUGCACUGACAAAUAUAAGUCAACAACGUCUUCCAUUUCGAAAGAACCCAUUCCGUGAUAAGAUAGCACAAACACUAGACGAAGCUUCGUCUACUGAUAUGCUCAUCAGUACAAAAGUAGGUGGGAGCGUAAAAGCCUCUAGCAUAAAUUUGGAAAACGAUUCUUCUUCGACAAAAGAUGCUGCAAAGACGUUUUUUGAAGUACAGACGGGGACAUUAGAACAAUCUCCCAAACAACCGAUAUCUGGGAUUGAAAAUAUAGAGAGAAGAAUGAAGGACUUAGGAAAAAGCACCAUUUUACCAAAGACCAUGUGUAGGAAAUCAAACAACAAUGAAUCAAGUAACACGAAAAAGAUGGAAAAAACCAGCAAUAACUUUGGUCUGAAGGAUCCUCUUGCUUCAGGUUUAACCAAAGAAGCAGUUGAGCAAGAUUCUUCAGAAUGGACAGGUUGUGACAAAAAACAGGACGAUGAACCAGAAAGAGAAAGCAGCGAAGUGAUGAGUUUUGGUAAGGCCUUUCCAUCGCCUUUUUAUGCAAAAGUAGCGAACGAAAAUGUCACGGUUAAAGUUCUGAAAUUCGCGGGAAGUAAAGGAAAGAACGGUGAAGAUACGCCAUUGGACAAUUGCGAGCAAAUACAGGAUCUACAAAACAUCGAAAAGGAAAAAGAUACUUCUUGUGAAAGGGAUAGUCUCGGGCACGGGAAAUGUUUUUGCAACAGAGAUGAAGGGAAAAAUUGGGCAAGGACUGGUGAUUUGAAAGCAAGGCCAAAAAGCAUUUGGAAAUGCCAGAGGACUGGUUUACGGAAAUAUCCGACAGUCAACAGGAGUUUACGCAGUCGUCCAACACCAGCCUCAAUAAAGGAUCUUGCAAAAUACACUAAUGAUAUGGGACCAAGUAUCACUGAUUUGGAAGAAUGCAAAAAAGAGACUAUGUCGAAAAAGGCAAGUGCUGCUCGAGAGCAGGGCGAAGAGUUGCUCAAGCAAAUGCUGAAGCUCAAUAAGGGCUUGUUUUUGAAAGCAGAAACGAACCAACUUUGUAGAAAAGGUGAUAGAACUGCCAGGUAAACAAAUUAUGAUGAUUAUUAUUAAUAAUUCGUUUCUGGUACAAACACUUGGACCAUUCAUGGAUUAGAUUGUAUUUUUAUCAGUCUUUGUACGAACAUUGCAAAUCACUUACAAAAUUUAUCAAAAAAUUGCUUUUGUAGCAUUAGCGCAAUUGUAGUUAAAAUGAUUUUAUUUAGUGUUUAAAAUCAAUUACAACUCAUUAACUAUUAAAUGUCCGUAUAAGAGAAAAAGAUAUCAAAAAACGCAGUUGUCAAAAAGCUCUUUUUACUGAAAAUUAUUGUUAUUUCUGCUGCAGUAUAAAACGAUUAAGUAAAAUCUCUUUUCGUUUAAGAAAGCGACUCAGCAUAGUCAAAACUUGGCAUUGAAUUAUAUUGUUCUUUGAUGAUGGCAAGUGGGGGAAACUCGUAAAACCUUAUGGUGGGUAAAGGCUAUAAUACAAUUAGUUUUGACACAAAAACUCUUGAUGAUGCUAAAAGCUUAUAAUUUAUAUCAAAAACACAAAAUGAAUUCGGGGUUUAACACAUUUGCAAAAUAGGCAGCAUUACGUUUUAAAGUAUUUUGCCCUUAAUAGACAAAAAGUGUAUGUAGAGCCAUGGUUAUGUAGCAUCAGAAGUUAUAGUUUGGAUAAAACGGGACGCUUUUACAGGCCUGGUCAUAGGACUUUAAGCAGGGAAGCAGUAAACAGCUUUCAUUGUAAUUUCCAGGCGAGCUAUUUGUAGAUUAAUAAGAGUAGUAACAAAGGAAUAUUUAAUGUCAAUGGGAGCUAUUUUCUUUCUAGAGCCAUUUAAGAGCGCAUUCUGU